CUCAGUACAUGGUAAGCUCUAGGUAGUAAGCUAGCAGCGCGACAAGAACAGUUCCAUGACCCCACAGCGUGUAACUCGGGCAGGAUGCCUCAACUUACUUUCUGCGUAAUACGCUCCGGUGCAUUUUCUGCCGUAUACUUAGAGCGGGGCCCCGGCAGCCACGAUCGAUGCAGGGUUCAUUGAUCAUAGCGGGAUGAUAUUUUUUCUGCCUAUGACUCUUUAGUUUCCCAAGAACUUAUUGCCGCAAUAAUAUUCGUCUGCAAGCGUCUCUGAUUUUUUUCCUGCUUCUUUUCUCCUCAUUCCACUUGAUCUGUAGCAAGCAACAUUUUGUGUUAGAGCUUCAUACAAACAAAAGAUAUUGCAUCUUCGUCAGAACACAUACCUCAUUCGAAUAUCAAAGAUGGCCUCGACAACUUCCAAUGGCAACGGCCACCCCGCAUCCGCCACCAAUGGCAGCAACGGCACCUCCAACAUCCCCAGCUUCGCCGUCAAGGCCGGCCUGGCCCAGAUGCUCAAGGGUGGUGUCAUCAUGGAUGUGACCAACGCAGAGCAAGCCCGCAUCGCCGAGGAGGCCGGAGCUUGCGCCGUCAUGGCCCUCGAGCGUGUGCCUGCUGAUAUUCGCCGUGAUGGUGGCGUCGCCCGCAUGUCCGACCCUGCAAUGAUCCGCGAGAUCAAGGCCGCUGUCACCAUCCCCGUCAUGGCCAAGGCGCGUAUUGGCCACUUUGUCGAAGCCCAGAUUCUCGAGUCCCUCGAGGUCGACUACGUCGACGAGAGCGAGGUCCUGACGCCUGCAGAUGAGAAAUACCAUAUUGAGAAGUCCGACUUCGCAGUCCCCUUCGUGUGCGGCUGCCGAAACCUCGGCGAGGCAUUGAGGAGGAUCGCCGAGGGUGCCGCCAUGAUCCGCACCAAGGGAGAGGCCGGCACGGGAGAUGUCGUCCAGGCCGUGACUCACAUGCGCACGCUCAAGGCCGACAUUGCAAGGGCCAAGGCUGCGCUGAACGAGGGUGGCAUGCCGGCGCUGCGGGCCAUCGCACGAGAGCUCGAGUGCGACCCUGCCCUGUUGAAGCAAACAGUCGACUUGGGACGCCUGCCGGUAGUUAACUUUGCGGCAGGUGGAAUCGCCACGCCGGCUGAUGCAGCGUUGAUGAUGCAGCUCGGCUGCGAUGGUGUUUUCGUCGGUAGCGGAAUCUUCAAGUCGGGUGACCCUGCCAAGCGCGCAAAGGCCAUAGUUCAGGCCACCACACACUUCCGUGAUGCAAAGAUGCUUGCAGAGUAUAGCAGCGGACUGGGAGAGGCCAUGGUCGGGAUAAACUGCGAUAGCAUGCAGCAGUCGGAGAAGCUGGCGGUUCGGGGAUGGUAAUGGGUCAACCCAGGUCUAGGCCAAGGGGUGCAUCGAUUAUGGAGCUAGAAUGCGUGUAAAAGUAAAUCAAUAGGCUUC